UUCACCGGGUCCUGCAGCGUUUCCCAAACUUCCUGGAUCGUUUUCGUUUCAAACAGCUCCUUCCGGAACGUUGGACCCCAAUGCUCCACAGCGAUGUUUCAUAUCAAGUCUUGAAUGGACGGUAGUGUUGAACGGGAUUAUCAACGUUUAAUUCGACUUGCUUUGCACAGCAGUAAUCGCGCGGAUGCACAGUGUUUAUAACUUGUGCGCACUUUCACAAUGAAAAAGACCCGUACCUACAGCUUUCUGUCAGUAUUCUCCUUCUUUGUCGUUUGUGCAUUCGUGUUAACGUUUUUAUUUUUUGUAUUUUACUCAAUGAUGUACGCACCAUAAACUCGGCAACCUUCGUGUUUUAAAUUCGGUUGACGUCUAUACCCAUGAUGCACUGUAUUGUGGUGCCUUGCGUAAUCACGUGACCAAAGGAAUACGGAAGCGAAGAUCUACAAGCCAUAAAGUGUCUUGAUGGCGGCAUCCAACUCUGCAGAGCUCAAGCUGCAGUUUGCACCCUUCAGUAGCGCGCUGGAGGCAGGCUUCUGGCAUCAGCUCACGGAGCGAAAACUCAACGACUACAGGCUGGACGAGAGUCCCAAAUGCAUCAAGGGGUACUACUACAAUGGCGAUCCAGUUGGUUUGCCCACCCGUCUGACCUUGGAAUUCAGUGCGUUUGAUGUAGAUGGGUCCACACCUGCCCAUUGUUGUGAGGCUGUUGGGAAACUGUACAACACCAACACGCUGGAUGCCUUCAAGAGUACUGACAAGAAGGCCUUGCUGGACAGAGAGUCCGAGGAGCUUUGGGCUGCCAUACAGUCCGGAGAUGCGCUCACAGACCCGAGGAUCCUCUGCCGGUUUAUUCUGCUGACAUUUGCGGAUUUGAAGAAGUACCAUUUCUACUACUGGUUCUGCUUCCCCGCUCUCUGCUUCCCAGAGGGUAUAAAGCUCAUAAAGGAGCCUUCUGUCUUGACAACGGUUUUCACAGCAAAACAGAUCUCAGCUUUGCAGGAGGCCUAUGAUGGCCUGUGUAUCAAAGGCAGCACCACUGCGGUUCCCUAUUUCCUAAUGAAGUAUACGGAUGACACCGUUCACUUGGCCCCAUUAGCAGAGUGGGGGACGUUCUUCGCUGGCACGCAAAAGGUCGCUGUGGGUGUGUAUGACCCGUGUACUCUGUCUCAACAUCCAGGAUGGCCUCUGAGGAAUCUACUGGUCCUCUUAGCCAGCCAGCGGGGUGCAAAGGUGGACACAGUCGAGGUGCUAUGUUUUAGGGACAGAACCCUACAGGGAAGCCGCUCCAUUCAACACAGCGUCGUUUUUCACGUCAAACUACCUGAACUUCCAUCUGACUCUGCAUGUCCUAAGAGUGUUGGUUGGGAGAAGAACGCCAAGGGAGCGAUGGGACCCCGAAUGGUCAACCUCAGUGAAUGUAUGGACCCCAAAAGACUUGCCGAGUCAUCAGUCGAUCUUAAUCUGAAACUGAUGCGAUGGAGAUUGGUCCCUUCAUUGGACCUGGACAAAGUAGUCAGCACCAAGUGUCUCCUGUUGGGAGCAGGAACAUUGGGCUGCAAUGUGGCCAGGACACUGAUGGGUUGGGGAGUGAGACACAUCACCUUUGUGGACAAUGCAAAGAUCUCCUACUCCAAUCCGGUACGGCAGCCUCUCUAUGAGUUUGAAGAUUGUCUCGGAGGUGGAAAAGCCAAAGCCAUAGCCGCUGUCGAGCGACUCACCAAAAUCUUUCCUGGUGUGAACGCAGAGGGCUUCAACAUGAGCAUUCCCAUGCCGGGCCACCCGGUGAAUUUCUCCCAAGCCACUCUGGCCCAGGCGCAAAAAGAUGUGGAGCAGCUGGAGAAGCUCAUCUCGGAACACGAUGUGGUCUUCUUACUAAUGGACACAAGAGAGAGCCGCUGGCUGCCCACUGUGAUCGCUGCGAGUAAGAGGAAGCUGGUGGUCAACGCCGCUCUGGGCUUCGACACAUUCGUGGUGAUGCGCCACGGUCUGAAGGCUCGCCAAAAUGGCAGUGGCGACGCGGACUCCUCACCUUCCUGUUCAUCCGCGUCCUCUUCAUCUUCCACGCCAGCUGGCUCGGCGUCCUCUGUCCCGACGUCUUCCCUGUUCUCCAACAUUCCCGGACACAAGCUUGGCUGCUACUUCUGCAAUGAUGUUGUGGCACCAGGAGAUUCAACCCGGGAUCGGACUCUGGACCAGCAGUGCACUGUAAGCCGACCAGGCCUGGCUAUGAUUGCAGGAGCCCUGGCAGUGGAGAUGAUGGUGUCCAUUUUGCAGCAUAGUGAAGGAGGCUAUGCGGUAGCCAGUAGCAGCGACGACCGAAUGAAUGAACCUCCAACGUCGCUGGGCCUUGUUCCUCAUCAGAUCCGCGGCUUCCUCUCCAGGUUCGACAAUGUCCUGCCCGCCAGCCUGGCCUUCGACAAGUGCACCGCCUGCUCGGCUGUUGUCCUGGACCACUACGAAAAAGAAGGCUUCCACUUCCUGUCCAAAGUGUUUAAUUCUUCACACUCUUUUCUUGAGGACCUUACAGGAUUGACAUUGUUACACCAAGAGACCCAGGCGGCGGAGAUUUGGGAUAUGAGUGAUGACGAGAGCAUCUGAGGAACCAAAAAUCUUGAGAUUUGGAACAUCACAGCCAUCAUGUUUCACGUCAGACCUGCACAUCACGAACGAAUACAGGAAGAGUUUUGAGGUGAAAAGACCAAAACAUCUUCUGACAAGUUUCCACUAACUGUUAUUCCCACAAAACUUCUAACCUUGAAUGUACAAUUUUUGGUGUUUUGAUAGUUAAUACGUGACCUUCACACACUGAAUGUUCACUUAUGUUUCAUGGUUUUUGAAAACAACAGGUCUAAAACAAAUUGUGUAGUCAUCAAAUGGUGUUUACUUGGUCACGGUAUUAUUUUCAUGUGCAAUAAAACAAAUAUUCCCACUUCUGUACUCAUUACACAUUGAAUGUCAUUUGAUUGUACUAAUUAGUUUCAUCAGUGUGUAAUCACCUAAAUACUGGAGCAAAACUAAAUAAAAGGUGUCUUUUGUAUCUCGAUACGACGUUGCUGAAAUGCACAAAGCAGAGCACAGUCAAGUGGUGAUUUGAAAGCACUUUAUUGUUCAUCAAGGCUACUUUACGUACAAAAAAAGGUGGCCUGCCAAAACCUUUUCAGUAGGAGACACAGCCACAAACACUUUGUGUGCAUUCUUUUUAACAGUUGAGAGAUCCUAGCACUAAAUACAUGCUAUUUGUAAAAAUAAGAAACAAAGAAAAAACAAAGGGGACCACAAAGUAUGCGAUUGGUCACCGCAUCGCCCGUGUUGAUUAAAGACUGAAACGCUUGCAUUUGUUUGACAAAUGUUGAUUUUUGGAAGACUUGGGUAAAGAAACAACCAGCGUUGGAGCUGACAACUAGUAGCAAAGUCAUCAAACUUAAAAGGGUCGAGCAUUUUUUUUUCCUUAAUUAAAUAAUUGAUGGAUGUAGCGAUUGUCACUGACAAUGUCCAGUGGCUUUUUUUUGUGUGUUCCUGCACUUGAACCUUUUACAAGACAACAAAAAAGAUCAACUUUUUCAGCAUGAAGAAAAUGAUUAUGAGGACAGAAAGAAGCAAUUAAAUAGCUACAUAUCAUUAACAAAUAAUUGUUCCUUGAAAAAUACCUACGAUUUGUUUUCUCUGUACAUCCGUUACGCACAGCGUAAUGAUGGUCUUAUAGUUACCUAUUAAAAAAGAAAAGUCAUUUUCCUACAGUGUGUGUGUGUGUGUGUGUGUGUGUGUUGCAGACAGGCAGGCUUCAAACUAAAGCAUGGUAGUGAAAUGACAAACUUAGCAAGCGGGUGACUUUACGAUUCUUGCGCAAACAGAAGCACAGCUCCUGCGAACGGCACUUUUGUAUAAGGGGCCAUCUUAGUUGUAGUCCUCAAAUAAGAAUGGAAUGUGUUGCAGAAGCUUUUUGUUGGAAGCGUUUCCACCAAGCGGGAAAUACAAAAUCCACAAUUUGGGGGAAACACAUGCGUGUUGACAUAUAUAUUUGUUUGCCUGCAAAAGAGAUCAUAAGAGUACGUAGUUUUCUGUCACUCGAGACGCCAUUUUUCCAAGACUGCGUAUAGGUCUACGCUGAACCGUUCUGCUUGGCGGGCACUUUACACACGCCAGCGGACGUUGGUGAGCACAGUGUGCUACAAGGAGCUAGCAUGCGGUACCACUGAUGACUCAACAUCAACGCUUGCCUUUGUUUUUCUUUUCUCAGUUCAGUUAGCAAAAUGUUUAGCAGAGCCUGUCCACUAGCUAAAGAUGUUUGCUAGCACACGUUUGUAUUUAAAAAAAACAAAAAGAAAAAAAACACACACACGACGUAGUAACGUCAACGAUAUAACAACAUGGAGUACAACUGAUCCAGCAGUGAG